ACAUGCAGGAAAGUUCAAGCCAAAAGGCAUUGAAUGCAUGAUGAUAGGGUAUUCAACAACAGCGAAGGCCUACAGAUUAAUGCCCAUUGGAUCGAACCAGAUAAUCGAAAGUAGAGACGUCGUUUUUCUAGAGGAAACUAUAGGGUAUCCGAAGAAUGGAAACAGCGAGAACGAGACGGCACUUAUUGACGAAAUUGGAGUUGAUUGUUCGCAGAUUUUGGCAGUGGACAACAACAAAGAAGGUGCAGAGGUGCUCGAGGAAGAGCAAAUUGACAGCGAGGUAAACCGAUUCACGGCUACGUCGACGCAGAUUGGGCAAAUGACACAUCGGAUCGUAAAUCCUACAGUGGAUAUGUCUUCAUAA